CGGCUCAUAAGGGGGCAGGUCUGGGCCGCUGGGCUCAGCUGUCUCUCGGUGCGGCCUGGAGGGCGCCGGGCUGCAGGGGCCGCAGGGAGAGGCCGCGUCCAUCCAGGCCCGGGGAGCCAGCCGCCAGGCUGCUGCGUUCAGCACCUUCCCCGGUAGCCUGUGACUUGGAGGCAGCAUGAAGUUCGCGGACAAAGCGGACUCGGGGAGACACUGCAUCCGAGCCAAGCACGUGGCGGUCAUCUGCGCCGUGGUGGUGGCCGUGGGGCUCAUCGUGGGGCUGUCCGUGGGCCUGACCCGCUCGUGUGACGCUGCAGGCGGCACGGGGCAGGGCCCGGGGACCCCGGCUCCGCCGCCCCCGUCCGCGGUCCCGUCGGGGGUCCCCCCGCAGGACCAGAGCGCCUGCCCGGCCAGCGAGGACGCCAACGGGCCGUGGGCCGGCUUCCGGCUGCCAGACUGGGCCAGCCCGGUGCACUACGACCUGGAGGUGCGGCCCGAGCUGGAGCUGGACACCUACGCCGGCAACGUGAGCAUCGCGCUGCGCCUGGAAGCGUCCACGCGCCACCUGUGGCUGCACCUGCGCGACACGCGGCUCACGCGCGUCCCCGAGCUGCGCUCGCCCGCGGGCUCCCUGGUGCGCGUAGCGCGCUGCUUCGAGUUCCGCGCGCAGGAGUUCGUGGUGCUGGAGGCGGCCGAGGAGCUCCCCGCCUCGGGCGCCGCGCUGUACAGCCUGCGCCUGGAGUUCGCGGGCCGGCUGGACGGCUCGCUCGUGGGCUUCUACCGCACCACCUACACGGAGGGCGGCCAGCUCAGGAGCAUUGCGGCCACUGAUCAUGAACCAACAGAUGCCAGGAAAUCCUUCCCCUGCUUUGAUGAGCCCAACAAAAAAGCAACUUACACAAUAUCCGUCGUCCACCCGAAUGAAUAUGAGGCACUUUCCAAUAUGCCAGUGGAGAAAAAAGAGCCACUGGAUGACAAAUGGACUCGAACAACUUUUGAGAAGUCUGUCCCCAUGAGCACCUACCUGGUGUGCUUCGCUGUACACCAGUUCACCUCCGUACAGAAAACCUCAAACAGUGGGAAGCCUCUCACUAUUUAUGUCCAGCCAGAGCAAAAACACACAGCUGAAUAUGCUGCAAACAUAACAAAAAUUGUGUUUGAUUACUUUGAAGAAUACUUUGGUAUGAAUUAUUCUCUUCCUAAGUUAGAUAAAAUCGCGAUUCCGGAUUUUGGCACGGGCGCCAUGGAGAACUGGGGACUCAUCACGUACCGGGAGACGAACCUGCUCUACGACCCCCAGCAGUCGGCCUCUGCCAACCAGCAGCGGGUGGCCACUGUGAUCGCCCACGAACUGGUGCACCAGUGGUUUGGAAAUAUCGUGACCAUGGACUGGUGGGAUGACUUGUGGCUGAAUGAGGGUUUUGCCUCCUUCUUUGAGUUCCUGGGAGUAAACCACGCAGAAAAAGACUGGCAAAUGCUGGACCAGGUGUUACUUGAAGAUGUAUUACCUGUACAAGAAGACGACUCUUUACUGUCUUCUCAUCCAAUUGUUGUCUCCGUGGCGACCCCUGCUGAAAUCACAUCUGUUUUUGAUGGAAUAUCCUACAGCAAGGGAGCUUCCAUUCUGAGAAUGCUGGAAGACUGGAUGACUCCGGAGAAGUUUCAGAGAGGAUGUCAGAUUUACUUGCAAAAAUUUCAAUUCAAGAAUGCAAAAACUUCAGAUUUUUGGGAAGCCUUGGAAGAGGCCAGCAGCCUGCCCAUACGGGAAGUGAUGCACAGCUGGACCAGCCAGAUGGGCUACCCCGUGCUGACCGUCAGCAGCGGCAGGGCCGUCCGGCAGCAGCGCUUCCUGCUGGACGCCAGCGCGGACCCGGCGCAGCCGCCCUCGGCCCUCGGUUACACAUGGAAUAUUCCAGUUAGAUGGACCGAAAAAAAUCUAUCAGAUAUUACAGUCUACAAUAGGUCAGAAAAAGGAGGAAUCACUUUGAACUCCCUUGAUCCUACUGGAAAUGCUUUGCUCAAAAUAAACCCAGAUCAUAUUGGGUUUUAUCGUGUAAAUUAUGAAGUACCAACUUGGGGAUGGAUAGCUUCUGAUCUUGACUCAAACCACACGAACUUUUCUUCUGCUGACCGUGCAAGUCUUAUUGACGAUGCUUUUGCCUUGGCAAAAGCUCAGCUUCUAAAUUAUAGUGAGGCUCUGAACUUGACCAAGUAUCUCAACUGGGAACGGGAUUAUUUACCAUGGCAGAGAGCCAUCUCAGCCGUGACCUACAUCAUCAGCAUGUUUGAAGACGAUAAGGAGCUGUACCCACUGAUUGAGGAAUACUUCCAAAGCCAAGUGAAGCCCAUUGCAGAUUCUCUGGGAUGGAAAGAUACUGGUGACCACCUCACAAAGUUACUCAGAGCCUCUGUGUUAGGCUUUGCCUGCAAGAUGGGUGAUACAGAAGCUUUGAACAAUGCUUCCCAGCUAUUUGAACUGUGGCUAACUGGGACUGUAAGUAUUCCUGUAAAUCUCAGGCUUCUGGUUUACCGGUAUGGGAUGCAGAACUCUGGCAAUGAGGCUUCAUGGAACUAUACUCUAGAACAGUACCAGAGUACUUCGCUAGCUCAAGAAAAAGAAAAACUGCUGUAUGGAUUAGCAUCAGUGAAGAGUGUUCCUCUUUUGGCAAGGUAUUUGGAUUUGCUCAAGGACCCAAACCUUAUUAAAAGUCAGGAUGUGUUUACAGUCAUCCGAUACAUCUCAUACAACAGCUAUGGGAAGAGCAUGGCCUGGAACUGGAUACAGCUCAACUGGGACUAUCUUGUCAACAGAUUUACGAUCAAUGACCGAAACCUGGGCCGGAUCGUCACAAUAGCAGAGCCAUUCAACACGGAGUUGCAGCUCUGGGAGAUGAAGAGUUUUUUUGAAAAAUAUCCAGAUGCUGGAGCAGGAGAAAAACCUAGGGAACAAGUCCUGGAAACAGUGACAAACAAUAUUGAAUGGCUAAAGCAAAAUAGAGACGCCAUACGAGAGUGGUUUUCUGAUUUACCAAAGAAGGGUUAAUGUGUUCAAAUGUCAUUUUAAUUUUAUGACUAUCGUUUUUCCUAUUAAGCAAAACAUUUGGUACCUAAUUUACCAGCAGUGCAGAGGGACCUGAUAGGCAUGCUUCUGAUGCUGCUGCUUUUGCUAAGUGCUGCCUCGAUAUCUUGCAAAGCUUUUAAAUUGUUCUUCUUUGUUUGUGAAGGAAGAUACUAAUAGAGUAUUUAAUAUACUCAGGGAUUUCUUCUAAAUGUACUUCAUAAGAGAUUCUUUACAAACUGAAGAGAAUUUAAUAGUCAUUUUAAUGUCUUUAAAUAUCAUUCUUUGUAUCUUAAAUCUGUGAAAAUAGAACAAUUUGGUCUUAGCUUUACAUUUUCAGUACCAAAGAAACACCACUUAAUCUUCUCUCUUGAUUGAUUUUUAAAGUUUAAAUAUCAGUACUUGAGGGACAUAUUACCAUCUUAAUCUUUAUUUUAUUAUUCUGAAUUACACAGACCUAAUAUCAUUUUAUUCACAUAUGUCUUACUACUUUAAAUCCUACCAAAGUAACCUGGGCUUAAGUUUUGCUGGAGGACUGCAUGAAUUAGCCAAAGAAAUGGCUGACUGUUGGUUUUUCUCUUAUAAAAUCAACAAGAGAACUCUUCGUUCUUUUUAAAAAUAAAUCUAAAUUAUUACCUUGAAAAAUAUUGUUUUUCGGUGUCACUUUCUCCUAAAUAAACAUGACAACGGCA